CCCAAUUUUAUUUCAUUUCCCGCUUCUCCACUUCAUCUUCUCUGGUUACUGCUUUUCCCUCUUCUCUCCUCCUUUCCUCUUCUCUGGUUUCUCUUCUCCUCCCCCUCUCUGGUUCUCUGGGUGCGAAACUCAAAACUUACAUCACUCACAUCAUACACCAGCACGACUAGUCGCGUCGCCAAUGAUGUUCCCCAACCGGCGAAUUCUUCCUCUUCUCGUCGCGGCCGCAGCACACAGGCGUCGCUCAUCCUUAUCUCUUUUAGGUUUUUCGAUUGCGUGCUCGAUUUUGCUUCUACCUACUUCCGGAUCGAUUUAAUUCAGAUCGUCGUUGUUGAUUGGUUUCGACAGAGAAGGCAGCGCAGGCACGCCUCCUGUUUCGGUGCCAAUGUUCUAUUCUCCGGUUAUUGACGACGGAGCAGCAGUCUGAAACAGUAGUCCGUCUACCUGGUUGGACCGUGUAUUCGGAAUAACAGGCGGCACAGCAAACAAAUGAGGAGGCUUUGUGGCCUGCUGCAUCUGUUGUGGCUGCUGACUAGGGGACGAGGAGGCUCUGUGGCCUGCUGCAUCUGUUGUGGUUGCUGACUAUAGGGGACGCUAUGUCUACCUUGGCGCGUUUGUUCUUACGGAAUCCUCCACCUAGAAUAUUCGAAAAUAUUCAAUGGAUAGAUACUUGUUGGCUGAAGCAGGUGACACUUUAUUUGCUUCCGUCGUCGGGACAAAGCAGUACAAGGAUCUGGUGGCCAAUGCUAAUAUAUUUCAAGGAGCUUUAUUUGAUGACGAUGACAUGGAGAUUAUGGAAGAAACAGAGAUUGUUGAGUCAGAUAUAGCCGAUGGACGAAAGGGAUAUUUAUAUUCUCAUGCUAAGACAGAAACUAAACCUAAGCAGUUGAAGCACAAGCUGAGACCAGCUGCUCAUAGAGGGUUUAUGGCUCGUGCCAAAGGGAUACCAGCCUUGGAAUUGUACAGACUUGCUCAGAAGAAGAAGUGCAAACUUGUCUUGUGUGGGCAUUCUCUUGGUGGAGCUGUAGCAGCACUGGCCACACUAGCCAUUUUAAGGGUUAUUGCUGUGUCUUCACCGUUUAAAGACAAUGAAAAGUUUCAAGUCAAAUGUAUUACAUUCUCCCAGCCCCCUGUUUUCUUAAUACUCCCUCCGUUUUCUUUUGUUCUUCCUGUAUUCCCCACUCAAAUCUCCUAAUGUUCUUGUUUUGAAUCUUUCCAUUUAUUUUAGAAGAAAAUGCCCGUAGUUUUUUCUUUUGUGUCCUUGGGUUAUUCAAUGCCUUUUUCCAUUUUUAAUGGCACUUUCUGCUGUAUUUCAGAACUUCUCGGUUUCUUUGUUUUUUACUGGCAAAGAUAU